CUCAUUAAGGAGAGCUUCUUGGGGAGGUAUAAAAGCUGCCAGGGAGGGGCUCCUCUUUUGUGUUCUUUGGAGCAUUUCUAGAGUUGUUAUCGAGUUGUAUGUUAGAGCAAGCUGGUGCGAUGGAGAGAGUAGGGUUGUGUUUUUUUCUGGUUUUGUUUCCAGGGGCUGUCUGGGCAGAUGAAAUAUGUUAUAGGUGGACUGAGGGGGUGCCAUACCCUGUGGAAGUCUUUCACUGCCCAACACAAGAGGAUAGGGCUGGUGUCAACUUCUGCUGUGGGACUUGUUACGCCCCCUUCUGCUGUUCAUCUGAAGAGACUCGGCUGGAUCAGGACCAGUGCCCUGGAAGUGUUCAGUGGAAUGCAGGCAGCCCGCAUCUGAUGACCAACAUCUCUGAGGACCUGCUAACAGCAACUACCCUGUCUAACUUUAUCGCUGCCAUGCUAGUGUUUGGGGUAAUGGCCAUUGUGGUCCUUGAUGUUUUCCUGUGUUGCUAUGUGAUCCUGCACUGCUCACAUGCCCGUGAUGAAGCUCGACAGCGGAGCCAAGCCACAGAGGACAGAGACCCUUCAAGCCAUGACUCUUCUCCAAGAGGAUACCUCUAUCAUCUAAAGCGCCAGCUUAGUAACCUUUCUAUGAGAGUCGGUGUCGACAACCCACUUUGUUCUUAUGGUGCCUGCGAUGACCAAGUUGUGCCACCUUCUGCAGAGGACACUGCACCCCCCCAGGACUCCUCCCUCCCAUAUGCAAAUACACCUGUCUGGUUCUAGAGGCUAGAAGGGCAGGGAUGAAGUGGUCUUCUUAUCCUCUCUAGCAGCUGCUUCUGGUCACUUCUAGAGCCUCCCUUGCCAAGAAAAUAAUCAGUAAGCAUAUCUGCUUGGGUACCCACCUCUAAUGGAGAGGUUUAGGUAGGCCUGUUUGCAGUUUGGCUGUAGCAUGCUUUUAGGAUCAAGGAAGAGAGAAUUUUUUUUAUUAUACUUUUAAGAUGGAGAAAUCUUGUAUGUUUUUUUUAAAGUAUGUAUUAGUCUUUUUAAAAAGUCUUGAAUUUUAGUGCUUUAUUGUCCAAAGUUCUUGCAAAUAGCGUUUUGUAGUAAGGUUGAGUGCAGAGGAACUGAAGCUCCAUUCCACCUGGAAAUCCCUGAAGCUGCCUGCAGCUCAAGGAGUUGAAGUCAAGGGGUGUCUCAGGCGGACUCCUUCCUUCUUAUCCAGGCAUGGGAAUUAGCUGGCCUUGGUGGUCAUAAGAUUCCACUGUGUGUUCUCUCCUUCAGUGGUACAGUCCUGCAGUGCUUUGCCCUGAAGUGAAACACUCGCCUGUUUUUAAAGGCAGAGCCCCCUCUUCAGGCCUAGUUUUAACAAAAACGGUGGGGUUGCUUUGUCCAAAACACAGGUGGUGAGAAAAGGAACAAAGAAGGGGAUGCUGUGUCCAAAGUGUCGUUAAUCACAGUUCCGUCCCUUUACUAGCAGAGCUCAUUCCGUGCACAUUUCAGCGGUGUCACAUUUGAGCCACCAGUAGGCAAAGGGUUGCUGUGCCAGCAAUGAACUCUCUUUAACAUCUGCUGUAUGAGGGGAGGUAUUGGAGCACCACGGGGCCAUCUCUGGAUGCAUUUCCUCCUCCUGGGUGACUGUGCUUCAGACUGGCUUACCUGGGAAGAAGCCUUUUCCUUGCUGUCUGUACCUGAGCUCAAACAUCUGCUUGCCUGAGUCAGGGGAUGCUGGAAGCUCUGAGGAUUUGGCCCACUUGGGUGUGCAGUGGAACACUCUUGAAUAUUCAUCCUGUUGAGAGAAAAUGGGCAGGCAGCAACAGAGGCCUCCUGCAUAAGUCAUCUGUUGUACCAUUCUCAGACGUCACUUCCAUAAAACAAUUCUCUGUGACUGUAUGUACUGUACUAGCAAUAAAUUUGUAUCGCUUGUAUCUUUCAA